AUGGAGGAAGAUCUUAUAUCACAAUUCAUGGAUGUGACAAGUGUUGACCGUGAAAGAGCUGAAUUUUAUUUAGCCUCUUCAGCUUGGCAGUUAGAGGUUGCCUUAACGAAUUUCUACGAGUGCGGAGAUCAAGGUCCAGUAGAACAGGAGAUUUUUGGAGGAGAAUCCUCAGAGCAGGUUGAAGAACUGAUAGACCAGUCAAGAGAUUUGACAGCAGCUAGACUUGCCCAGUUGCAGACAGGAGAAACCCAGUCAGGCGCUAUGGAACCAAUUAAGCCCAAAGUAAUUAAACCUAAACAGAAUUCUAAAAUACGAACACUGGCGUCUCUUCAGAACAGAGACAGCAGUUCUGAUGAAGAAGGUCAGGCGUUCUACGCUGGCGGGUCUGCACACAGUGGUCAGCAAAUUCUAGGGCCUAACAAAAAAAAGGAGGAUAUUGUCAGCGAUAUGUUCAAGUCGUGUCAGGAUCAAUCGAUUUCGGGUGAUGAAAGACCUCAGCAGCAGAGACCCAGUACUUUUAGUGGGACUGGUUACAAAUUAGGACAAACUAGUAGUGAUACUGAAGUUAUUCCUGGUGCUUCUUCCCAACGAUCACCAGACGCUGGAGUCAUUACGCUUAAGCUUUGGCGAGAAGGAUUUACAAUAAAUGACGGCGAGUUGCGUUCCUACAGCGAUCCUCAGAAUCGUGAGUUUAUGGAAACUAUAAAGCGCGGGGAAGUCCCGAUGGAGCUGCGUCAGGAAGUUCUAGGUAACGAAGUGCGUCUUGAUCUUGAAGAUCAUCAUCAUGAGGAGUAUGUGCCCCAGAAGCCAAAAGUUAAAGCAUUUGCGGGACGUGGACACAUGCUGGGAAGCCCAUCACCAGCGACUGUGGGUAUGACAAUGCCAACAGAUCCAUCAGACCAAUCGGCCAAUGAAUCUCUCGCCCGUUCGCAACUCAACGUAGAUUCAAACAACCCAGUAACCACAAUACAGAUAAGGUUAGCCGAUGGUCAAAAUAUCCGCGAGCAGUUUAAUCUGACUCACACUGUCGGUGACAUCAGACGUUUCAUCACAACGAUGCGACCUCAGUACGCAGCUCAGGACUUUACUCUAUCCACCGCUUACCCUACUAAAGAACUGACUGAAGACGCCAAGACUAUCGAAGAAGCUGGUCUUAAAAAUUCAGCAAUAAUGCAGCGUCUGAAGUAG